AGAGACGUAACAGUUCUGUAACAGUUGAAUCUGGACCGAUGGCUACGUUAGCUUUGCCUCACGCUUUCCCGCCUUAUCAUCAUUUUCCUCCCACCACACUGGCUCUGCUCUCUCUUCUGCUCUGUGGCUUGGGAAAAUGAUACCUUUUAUGUGCUUGUAGGCAGGUAGGUGCGCACGUGGGCUCGGGUGAGGGCGCUAUAAAUCUAAAUGAGGAUAAUUCGCAUUUUACCUUAUUCUUUCUCCCUCAUAUUACGUCUCCCCGCCCUUUCGGCCCAAGGAAUAACUAUCCUCCAAGGAUUCGUUCAUUUAUUCAGUCGACAUAUUUAGUGAGCGCCUACUGUGUGCCAAACAGUUUGUUAAAGGCUGAGCAUAAGCCAGGAAUUGAACAGAGUUUAGCAUGACUAGAGCAGAGCUGGGGAGGAGGGAACCGUUGACAAGAGAUGAAGCUAGGGAAGUAGGCAGAGACUAGGUGAGGAACAGUCUUGUGUGCUUGGUUAAGAGCUAUGAAGAUGAGAAUAAGGUGACAACUGUUGCAUUUUGUCAUCUGUUUGGAGAAUGAAUUGAAGUUGAGAACAAGAGUGCAGUAGCUACCUGUUGCAAGGAGAGAGUUGUUGGAAGCCUGGCCCAGGCAGGUGGUAUUUGGGUGGAAUAGAGUGAAGAUAUUUGAAAAAUAUUUGGGAAAUAGAAUCAACCAGCCAUGGAAAUUGAUUGGAUAUAGUGAAUGAUGAAAAGGGAAGAGUCAACAAUGAUUCCCAGCUAUGAGCCCUGAAGAGCCCUGUAGAAUGAUGGUGACAUUGCUACCCGAAGAGGGAGCAAGUUUUAGUUUAAUUUUACCCACAUUGAUUUUUCCCCUAUUGCUUUCAAGGAACCUGUGAAGAUUUUCAUCUGGAGAGUGGAGGACACAAUCGCAUAUGCAAUCACAUGGGUUUUGGCCCUGGAGUUAAACAAAGACAGAGAUGUUGAAAGGAUCCAUGGCAGUGGAGUUAACACCCUUGACAUUGAACCCGUUGAAGGGAGAUAUAUGUUAUCAGGUGGUUCAGAUGGUGUGAUUGUACUUUAUGAUCUUGAGAACUCCAGCAGACAACCUUGUUACACAUGUAAAGCAGUGUGUUCCGUUGGCAGAAAUCAUCCCGAUGUUCACAAAUAUAGUGUGGAGACCGUACAGUGGUAUCCUCAUGACACUGGCAUGUUCACAUCAAGCUCAUUUGAUAAAACUCUGAAAGUUUGGGACACAAAUACAUUACAAACUGCAGACGUAUUUAAUUUUGAAGAAACAGUUUAUAGUCAUCAUAUGUCUCCAGUCGCCACCAAGCACUGUUUGGUAGCAGUUGGUACUAGAGGGCCCAAAGUACAACUUUGUGACUUAAAGUCUGGAUCCUGUUCUCACAUUCUACAGGGUCACAGACAAGAAAUAUUGGCAGUUUCCUGGUCACCACGUUAUGAAUAUAUCUUGGCAACUGCAAGUGCUGACAGUAGAGUAAAAUUAUGGGAUGUGAGGAGAGCAUCAGGAUGUUUGAUUACUCUUGAUCAGCAUAACGGGAAAAAGUCACAAGCUGUUGAAUCAGCAAACACCGCUCAUAAUGGGAAAGUUAAUGGCUUAUGUUUUACGAGUGAUGGGCUUCACCUGCUCACUGUUGGUACGGAUGAUCGAAUGAGGCUCUGGAAUAGUUCCAAUGGAGAAAACACACUAGUGAACUAUGGAAAAGUUUGUAAUGACAGUAGAAAAGGAUUGAAAUUCACUGUCUCCUGUGGCUGCAGUUCAGAAUUUGUUUUUGUACCAUAUGGUAGCACCAUUGCUGUUUAUACAAUUUACUCAGGAGAACAGAUAACUAUGCUUAAGGGACAUUAUAAAAGUGUUGACUGCUGUGUAUUUCAGUCUAAUUUCCAGGAACUUUAUAGUGGCAGCAGAGACUGCAAUAUUCUUGCUUGGGUACCAUCCUUAUAUGAAGCGGUUCCUGAGGAUGAUGAGACUACAACCAAAUCACAGUUAAAUCCAGCAUUUGAAGAUGCCUGGAGCAGCAGUGAUGAAGAUGGAUGAAUAUCAAUCCUUAGUACUUUUGUGUCUCUAUUGAUGAAGCUUUUGAAAUGGGACUUUUUUUAACUCUCCAGUGACAGCUAAAUUAGCCUUGAAUUUGGAUGAUUUUUUUCCCCAUGUUUUAAAGUGAGGUAGUAUUUGCAUGACUAUAUAGUUGACUUCUCUACAGUUGUCAAAACAUGUCUCCUUGAUCCCAGGUGCCAUGGCCUGGGGCAACCCCUAUUGCCACAGUAUAAGGAGACAGGUCACAGCACCCCAUGUGGGACCUUCAGCAGAUUGUGUGAACCAUAAAUGCAGUCUCAGAGGACGGGCAAGUGGAGGUUUCAGCACUGACUUUCUCCUAAUGGGCUGUACACGGUUCAUUUUCACUCUCAAGGAUGAUUUUACUGAAGAUGAUUACAUCAAAAAUAGUAGUUGAAAAUUUAGUAUCAGAAUUUUUUAGUUCUUAUUCAUGUAUUCAAUUUUUGUAAUGAUUUCAUUUAGUUGACCAUUGUCUAGAUAUAUGUUAAAUAUUUUUGGACUCAAACCAAAAAGGACUCAAUCCAGAAGUUUUUAACUUGAGGAAAAUCCCAUGUUUCCUUUAUUUGAAUGUGUCAUAUGGCAGCUUGUACUCAUGCUUGAACUUCCUUUCUAUGAAUCUCCUUAAGAGUUAACUAAGUCCUAUUUCAUUCAAUGAAGCAGAAAAUGUCCUGGCAGGGAAUCUGGCUUAAACAUGAAAUGUUGUCAUAAAAUUGUUAUCUUAUUGUCUAGUCUUCUUCUGUCCUAAUCUACAAGUGAUUAUCAUGAAGCUAAUCUUAUAUUCCCUUUCUUGAUUAUUAUCAGCAGGAGACUAGUAAGAGAAAUUUCUGGAGCUUGAAUACCAAGUAUACAGUUGUUGAGUUUUUUAAGUGUGUAAAUUUUAGGCCUCAUAUCAGACCUUUCAGGCCAAAUGUUUUCCAUUCAUUUACUUUAUAGUUGAUUUUCUUAAGCCCUGACCAUUUCCCUGUCACUUUUUUCCUCCUUGGUGAGGAUGCUUAUGACCUUUGAGAAUGGUAUUGAAAUUGGAAAUUGUUUUUUUAAUUUUAAGAAAAUAUCUCCUCCAAACUGCAAAUAACUAUAUUACUUCUUUCUAAUUAUAUAAAUACACAUGCUUAUAGUAAAUAAUUCAAGAAACAUAGAAACUUAUAAAAGACUAUAAUGGUCACCUGGAAUGAUACCACGCUAAGAUAAUCAUUACUAACAUUUUGGUAGCCUUUCUUCCUGCGUCUCCUUAUGACACACAUAAUUUUGCAUAAUGAGAUGUUCAGCAUGCUGUUGUCAUGUAAACUCCUCCCACAUCAGCACCUCCUACCCCAUCUCUUACCACCCCUGCCACAAUCCAAGUUAUUAACCAAGUGUGUGUUCUUGCACAUUACAAUCCUAUAUGGACCUAUGUAGACAUAAGUGGGGAAGUAUUUUUAUUUUGCAAAAAUGGGAUAUACAUGUUCUGUCUUGAUUUUUUUUUUCAGUAUAGCUCAUAGAAACCCCUCUGUGUCAUUUGGUAUAAGUGAGUGUAUUGAUUAUAUUAUUUUAUGUAUUCUUGAAA